UCAUUGUCGCUCUGGGUCUACUAGUUCUACCUCUACCCGCUCUUAUCGGGGAUGUUUUGACGGCAGUUUUGUUUUGCAGAUCGCUGUGUGUUCUUUGCCUGGCCAGCCAGUCGAUCGAGCUGCCACUGCGCACGAGAGCUACCAGUCGUUUGGCGUACGGCGCGCGGCCGCGCACAACAGUGAACAGAGACGUUGCGCGUAUUGCAAUGAACCGCUGGAACACGGCGGACCUUUGCACGCCACGCUCUUCCGCUCGUUUACUCAGCUGACGGUGUCGUCUGCUGCGAAACGAAAAAAAAUGGCUGCGUUGGAAGGGGUGGGACGAAUGCACGAAACGCUUUUCCCUCCCGGCAGAAUGUGGUUCGAAAUCAGUUGGAUCUGACCGAGAUCUUCAGCAAGUAAGAUGCGAGCGGUGUUCUUGUCCUUGGGCUUAGUGUGCCUAGCUGGGUUGGCGGUGGAUGGGCAGACGAGAAGCAGGAGCUUCUUCGAUUUCUUCUUCGACGUCGAGAACAGGCUGCAGAAUGGGCGUAUCGUCGGCGGCUCGACGGCCACGAUCGCCCGAUAUCCGUUCGUCGCGUCACUGCGACGAUUUUCGAACCACAUCUGCACCGCGUCGAUCAUUUCGACACUCCACGCUGCCACCGGGGCCCACUGUACCUACUCGUUCAAAUCCUUAUCCGGGGUGACCAUCUACGCGGGCAGCACGAGCCGCACGACCGGUGGCCGAGUGUUCGUUGUGACGGACAAUUUCAUCCACCCGAAGUAUGAUCCGGACACGUUCGAUUUCGAUGUGGCCGUGCUGCGCGUCAAGACACCGUUCACGCCGAACAUGAACAUUGCCUCCGUGCCGUUGGUGCCGGCCAACUACGCCGUGCCCGAUAAGGUGCAGCCCACCGUUGCGGGCUGGGGUCGCACAUCGACGGGCGGAACUCUCUCGCCGACGCUGCGUGCCGUAGCGAUCCCCGUCAUGGGUAACAUCCCGUGCCAGGAGCUGUGGAUUGAUACGGAUAUCACGGAUAAUAUGCUGUGCGCUGGUGCCAAGGGCAGAGACGCUUGCACGGGUGACAGUGGUGGGCCGCUGGUGGUGCCGACCACCAACUACUUCCAGCUGGUCGGCAUCGUGUCCUGGGGAUCGGCUGCGUGCGGUAGCGAAUAUCCGGGAGUGUACACCCGCAUGGCUUCACCCUCCAUUCAGAGCUUUUUAGCGCAGUACGUUUGAUGUCGUUGAUCGACGCCCGAGCGAUCGCCUCCGUUCGAUUGAAAUAGAUGGUACGCAGAUUGUCGGCUGACCGUAUCACAACCGUGGGAAUGGCUGAAUGACAGAGCAGGGAACAGGGAAUUAGCACACACUGAACCGCCCGGAAAUAAACUGAACAUUUCAAUGAUAAAAAA